AUGGACCCGCUGCCCGCCGCGGCAGUCGCGACGGCUGCUGAAGCGGAGGCUGAAGAGGAGGCGGAUCCCCCGGCGUCAGACGUACUUACAGCCCAGGUCAGCAAGUUGAAGAACCUGGAUCCUAGUCGAAUGCAGAUGCCACAGGGGAACCCACUGCUGCUCUCAUACACCCUGCAGGAGCUGCUGGCCAGGGACACCGUGCAGGUGGAACUCAUUCCUGAGAAGAAGGGACUGUUCCUGAAGCAUGUGGAGUAUGAAGUUUCCAGCCAGCGCUUCAAGUCCUCUGUGUACAGGCGGUACAAUGACUUUGUGGUUUUCCAUGAAAUGCUGCUGCAGAAGUUCCCAUAUCGCAUGGUGCCAGCCCUCCCCCCCAAGAGGAUGCUGGGAGCUGACAGAGAAUUUAUUGAGGCCCGGAGGAGAGCUCUGAAGCGCUUCAUCAACCUGGUGGCCCGGCAUCCCCGUUUCUCCGAGGACACUGUCCUCAAGCUGUUCCUGUCCUUUAGUGGCUCCGAUGUGCAGAACAAGUUGAAAGAAUCAGCUCAGUGUGUUGGAGAUGAAUUCAUGAAUUGUAAACUAGCUACUCGGGCCAAGGACUUCCUUCCAGCUGACGUCCAGGCUCAAUUUGCUAUUAGCCGGGAGCUGAUUCGAAAUAUCUAUAACAGCUUUUAUAAACUUCGAGAUCGGGCCGAGCGAAUUGCAUCGAGGGCCAUUGACAAUGCUGCUGACCUUCUCAUAUUUGGGAAGGAGUUAAGUGCUUUAGGGUCUGACACAACCCCACUCCCUUCCUGGGCCACUCUCAACAAUAGCACAUGGGGGUCCCUUAAACAGGCUCUGAAAGGCCUAUCUGUUGAAUUUGCGCUGCUCGCUGACAAGGCCGCACAGCAGGGCAAACAGGAGGAGAAUGAUGUAGUGGAGAAACUGAACCUCUUCUUGGAUUUGCUGCAGUCCUACAAAGACUUGUGUGAGCGGCACGAGAAAGGUGUGCUGCACAAACACCAGCGUGCCCUGCACAAGUACAGCCUGAUGAAGAGGCAGAUGAUGAGCGCCGCCGUGCAGAGCCGCGAGCCCGAGUCUGUGGAGCAGCUGGAGUCCCGCAUCGUGGAGCAGGAGAAUGCGAUCCAGACCAUGGAGCUUCGGAACUACUUCUCCCUAUACUGCCUACACCAGGAGACGCAGCUAGUGCACGUUUACCUGCCCCUCACCUCCCACAUUCUCGGGGCCUUCGUCAACUCUCAAAUCCAAGGGCAUAAGGAGAUGAGCAAAGUGUGGAAUGAUCUGAAGCCUAAGCUAAACUGCCUCUUCGCGGGACCAAACAGCUCCUUGACCCCACCGAGGUCCCCACAGGAUGGCCUCUCUCUUCACUAGUGCCGAGAGGACC